GAGGUCGUGAUUCGGGUUAGAAAUAAACUCUGCGACUAAAAUCCGAAGGGAAAAAAAAAGAAUAAGGAUGGAAUUAUUGCGAAAUAUUGAAGAAGCCUGAAAGUUACAAUACUUCCAUCUGUUGUUUUUCUACACGUCAGUCGGACAAAUUCCACCCGAUAUGAACAAAUAAAUCCUUAACACUCUGUUUAGAGUUUCUUGCUUUAAUGAACACAAGAAAAGAGGAUUGAUUUCUCCAGAAGCAGGCAGCUCGCAGGCCAGGAGCAGUCAGACUGAACGUGAACAGACUCGUUGGUGAAAAAGCCAAUUAACCUGAACGAGGAAAGAUGCAGUACUGCAUAGAAAAAAAAGUUCGCUCCAGGCAGCUAUUCAUUUCUCUUCAUUCAAAUGAUACAUUAGAGAAAUUCAUAAGCCUCCAAAACAUGAGCUGAAAAGCGUGUUACUCUUUUGUUAGGGGGAGGAACAGCAUCAUAAGGCACAUUUCCAUCACAUUUAGCAGUUAUUUUUUUCCCUCUAGAGCAAGACAGUAACAAGACACGGCUCUUAUGCCUGAACUAACAUUACAGUCCCUCCAGAAAUUUGCAGAUUUUUUAUUUUUGUAUGUCCAAAAAGUUUUCAUUUAAGAGGUUUUUGUGCAAAUUCUUAAAAGAAAGAAAACUACUUAAACUGGCUAAAAUUACACAUACACUUCUGCCUGGGACAACGCAUGUAAUCAGACUCUAUGAUCUCUGUACUCAUGUUAGAUAUUUCAUCUUUGACGACCUUCACAUGCACACGAGAUGUCCGGCGCUGUGUUUAUCCAAUCAUAUGAGAAUACAGCUCAUGAGUUUCAGUUAUUGUUCAUAUGAAACCUAUGAAAUAAGUGACUCUCAGUGACUCUGACUGUGGUUGAUGGUGCCAGAUUUGAUCACCGGGUUUUCUCACGAAAGAGUUUAGACAGAAUGGUGUGAAAAACUAAAAACAUCCAGUCAGCGGCAGUCCAGUGGGCGGAGACUCCUCGUUGAUGAUAGAGGUCCGAGAUGAACAGUCAGACUGGUCAGAGCUGACAGGACGUCUGCGGUAACUCGAAUAUCCGCUGUAUACAACCACAGUGAGUAGAAAAACAUUUAAACUUCGCAACAUGUCAAACCUUGAGGCGGAUGGAUUACAACAGCAAAUGAUCACAUCUGCUUCCACUCCGGUUGACCAAAAACAGGAAACUGUGGUUGCACUGGACACCAGUGCUGGGCAUUUUAAGAGUGGGGGGAGGGGGGAGGCCAGGAUCCGACAACAUGGAUACUAAAGCAUGUGUAUUUUUCAUUGUCUGGACAAAUAUUGACUCUCUCUGGAGUCCCUGCGUUCACAUUUAAACUCUGAUCCCAUCAGCCGAAUCCGAAUGCUCUCAGUGAUGAAACCGUUAGAGACUUCACAGAGCAGGUUGCUUGGUAGAACUUGCCGGUGGCCCUGUGCGCCCAUAACGUGCAUCUGGAAGAGAGUGUGAAGGUUAUUCUGUCCUUGUGUGCUUUGAUGCAUGUGCGGCCUGCCGGUGUGCGUCAGCAGCACAGCUGAUGAUGAGUAAGCCUGUGUUUUCUAGCACACUGCAGAUCACCCCUCUGUCCCCACAAGACAUUUAACUCGAGCAUGUUUGGAUGGUUCGAGGGGAGAAGCUAAUAUAAAAUGCAUUCGAAUGCCUUUCUGCAGAGUGACCGUACUUAUUGACAUCAAGCACCUUUAAUACAUUAAGGUCUUGUCUCUUCGGUGGCAGGACUGGUGAGAAAAAAUGGAAUUUUGUAUUUCUGGUAAUUAGUGAUCUAAAAUCUAAGGAAAAUGGUUGCAUUGAAGGAAAAUACACACACAUACGGUCCAAAUGGCAUCACGUUUCAUAGCUAGCUAUGCUUUUUAAAGCAACAUUGCAACUGGCUGAUGCAAAUUCCACAAACAAGUAUACAUUCAUGAGUUCAUUCUCUAGCUUUCUAACAAAUUAGGGAUAAAUGACAUUGGCCUGCUUUAUAUAAAAUGUGCUUUCCUUUUCCCCCCUUCCCGUCCCGUCCCUUCCCUACUUCUUUUCCCGUCCCUUCCCUACUUCUUCUUUUCCCUUCCCUUCCCUUUUCGUCCCUUCUUCUUCCCUUCCCUUCCAAUUCAAUUCAAUUUAUUUGUAUAGUGCUUUUAACAACGGACCUUGUCUCAAAGCGGCUUUACAGCUUUCCCUACUUCUUCCCUUCCCUCCCUCCUUACUUCCCUUCCCUCUUUCUUCCCUUCCAAUUCAAUUUAUUUCUGUAGCGCUUUUAACAAUGGACCUUGUCUCAAAGUGGCUUUACAGCUUUCCCUUCUUCCUUCCCAUCUUCCUUAACGUCUUCCUUUCCUUCCAUUUCUUUCCUCCCAUUUCUUUCCUCCCUCCUUACUUCCCUUCCCUACCCUGUCCUUUUUUUUCCCCCCUUCCUCCUUCCCUUCCUUUCCUUCCCUUCCAAUAAACACACAUUAUAAAAUAUGUAAACACAGCAAUUCAACUGUAAUAAAAUCUUAAAUAUUCAUCAUUUCCAUGAUUGCUGGAGUUGUGGAUUAAAACGCUGAAGGCAGAUGAGUAAAAAUGCUUUUGAAUUGAAUUUGGUUUCAAAUUUAUUGGGGUUUUCAACCCCAACCCACCCCCCAAAAUAUAUCCAUGUUGUAUUUAGUUUAUUCUUCCUACAGUGAAAUAGGAAACUAUGUUGUGGCUCAUUUUUCCGCAGUAAAUUUUGGUGCAUGGUUCUGAACCCACUGCUCCCUAGUGGACACAUUUGUCCCUCAUAGUGUUGUAAGACUUCACCCUGUCCACGAUGCUCUGUCGUACUCGCACCAACAUGCCAGGGAAAGUAUAAAUCAGAUUUUUUCAACUCCUGCAAGCAAUAAAAGCUUAAACUCCAUCAGUCCUAAAUCAUUGUUUUUUGGUAAUACAUUAUUAGACUCUUUCUGGGCAGUUCGUAAUUACGAGGUGGGAAGUUGUAAUUACGAUAUCGGGCGAUUCGGUCUGUGUGAGAUGGAGGUGUACCUUCUCUUAAUUAACUACUUAGAAAAUACAGCAAGGUUUGUAACUCUCAGAAUGCACAUCAGGUUGUCUUGCUUUUAAUCAAUUUCUGAAUCCAGUGUAAACUUUAUGGUUCCGUAUUAUACUGUAAUUGUACGUUGCUGUUGUAUGAGCACGAAUCCAGCGUCUGAGAUGAGUAAUUGUCCGGUUACCGCAAAUUUCCGUCACCUCCAGACGUUGCAUCCAUUGAUUCCACCAUGUUUUCUGACACACACCGCUAACUUGGAAACUUUCCCCACUCUUAAUUAUGACUCUUCAUGCAACAUGUAAAUACGUGACUUGAACACACCAUAUUUCUUCCAUGUAACUGCACUUCCUGUCUGUCACCAUGUAUCCAGGCUGUUUUUGUACCUGAAGAUGGGGCGUGAUUGUCUGAUGAUUGUGCAUUGACGUAUCACGUGAGAUAUACAUACAGAAAUCCCGCCACUUCCGACCCGACAGUCCUGACACAGUGCUUACUGUGCGUUACUUGAUGCACAAUGCCCAUAGUGGACAAGCUGAAGGAGGCCCUGAAGCCGGGCCGAAAGGACUCUACCGAUGAGGGAGACCUUAAUAAGCUGCUCUCCUCCUCGGCUAAGAAGGUGCUGCUGCAGAAGAUCGAGUUCGAGCCGGCCACCAAAGGCUUCAGCUACCAGCUGGAGACGCUCAAGACCAAGUAUGUGAUCCUGAACCCCAAGACCGAGGGUGUGGUGCAGAGAGCGGCCGAGCCCACACCAAUCAAGAGGCAAGGCUCUGAAGGCCUCAGUGGAGGUCAGGGUGACGGCAUCCCGGCACCUCAGAAGCUGCUCUUUCCAGGGAACAAACUCUCCAUGAAGUGGGAGCGAGUGUACCGGGUGGGAGCGGGCCUCCACAACCUGGGCAACACGUGCUUCCUGAACUCCACCGUGCAGUGUCUCACAUACACGCCACCGCUCGCCAACUACCUGCUGUCCAAGGAGCACAGCCGCUCCUGUCACCAGACAGGUUUCUGUAUGAUCUGCAUCAUGCAGAACCAUAUCAUCCAAGCCUUCGCCAACACCGGCAACGCCAUCAAGCCCGUGUCGUUUAUCCGUGACUUGAAAAAAAUUGCUCGCCACUUCCGGUUCGGCAGCCAGGAGGACGCCCAUGAGUUUUUGCGCUACACCAUCGAUGCCAUGCAGAAAGCCUGCCUUAACGGUUACCCAAAGUUGGACAGGCAGACGCAGGCCACCACACUGGUUCACCAGAUCUUUGGGGGUUACCUGAGGUCAAGAGUGAAAUGUUCUAUUUGUAAAAGUGUGUCAGAUACAUACGAUCCCUACCUGGACAUAGCUGUUGAGAUUCGGCAAGCAGCCAAUAUUGUUCGUGCUCUGGAGUUGUUUGUCAAGCCGGAUGUCUUGAGCGGCGAGAACGCCUACAUGUGUGCCAAGUGUAAGAAGAAAGUCCCGGCAACAAAACGAUUCACGGUUCAUCGGACGUCGAACGUGCUCACGCUCUCCCUCAAACGCUUCGCCAACUUCAGUGGAGGAAAGAUAACCAAGGACGUUGGCUACCCAGAGUUCCUGAACAUUCGUCCAUACAUGUCUCAAAACUCAGGAGACCCGGUGAUGUAUGGCCUUUAUGCAGUCCUGGUGCACUCUGGGUACAGCUGUCAUGCUGGUCAUUACUACUGUUAUGUAAAGGCCAGCAAUGGGCAGUGGUACCAGAUGAACGAUUCGAUGGUACAUUCCAGUAACAUCAAGGUCGUGCUCAAUCAGCAGGCUUACGUCCUCUUUUACCUGAGGAUUCCUGAAAAGAAGAACACGGACAGUUCAGGUGUAAAGCAGAACUUGGUGCAUUCUGGAAGGAGUAACAUGACCCCCGAGCAGCUGAAGAAAAUACCACUAAACGGGCCUUUGUCCUCUCCGCAGAUCACCAAGAAGGUGGACACCGCUCAGCUGAGGAAGAUCCAGUCUGUGGACGGAGGGCUGGGCGUGCCGUUGGCGCGUAACGGCUCGGGCAUCCAAUCGCCCAAACUGGCUAACGGAACCCCGAGGGUGGCGGGUGGCCCAACGCUCAUCGAGGAGCCCAUCAAGAAGCUAAAGAAGCCUCCUGCUCAGCCACAGAGCCGCAACAACAUUCCUGCCUCCUCCAACGGCGUCGCCAAGUCCGAGCAGGACAAGGGGAGCAGCGGCGAGGGGCGGAGCCUGGCCGUGUCUACCUCACUCAAGUCCCUUGCAUCAGAGUCCUCGUCAGCGGACACCUCGUCUGAGUCCAAGGAUUCGAUUGGCACCAGGAGUGCUCCCGCGGGAGACGUGGCUACACCUGCCAAGAGCAUCGUAAACAGAACGGCCUCUCCGGCUAAAAGCACCGAGCGGCUUGCUGCUGAGGAUCAGAAGUCGGCCAAGCUGAAACCUCCCGCCCUCAACAACAUCGCAUCCGAACAAACCAGCACCAUGUCGCCCCCUCCUGCCAAGAGACUGGCACUGUCUGCCAAGAAGGCCAGUCCCAGUCCCAGUCCCAGUCCGAACCAGAACAGCAGCAGCAGCAGCCACAGCACUGAGGCUCCGUCCUCGUCAUUGCAUCAUCAGUCCUGUGACCCUAUGCAUUCAGCUCUACUUCACCCUCUGACCCCCACCUCACCUUCCCAAUACCACAGGAUUCCAUUCCAUUCUGCCAAGCAGCCUCAGCAUGUACCUCAUCUCUUUAAAAAUGCAAGUCUAUCUAAGGAGCCGUCCUCCUCCUUCCCCUCUCCUUUCUCCUCCUCCUCCUCCUCCUCCUUUUUGAAGAAUCCCACACUUUCUUCUCCAGUCAGCAGGCUUCACCCCUGCCCUGCCAGCAACUGCGGACCAAUCCAGAGCCAGAAAACCACCGAAUCUGCCACAGGGUUUGCCGAUGGCCUCACCAAUCCAACCUUAAAAAAAAAGAAGAAGAAAAAAAAGCGGCGCCAUUCUGAAAUGGAAAACCCCGUUGCUGAGCUUCCUGCCAAAGUAGAGCAAGAGAUGCCAGAGCUCACAGCUGAAAGGAGAAAGGUAAAAAAGCGCAAGAAACGGAAACGAGAAGAGCAGCCAAACAGCGUGACUGUUCAGAGAGAAGACGUGCAGUGCCAUCUGGAGCCAUCGGGUCAGGAUGAAGACUGGUGCCUCGGAGAGACGUGGAGUAUAAACCCAAAUGGAAGUUCAGAAAGGCCAAAACAGCAACCACAGCCGAGCACAGAGCCAAAACCAUCUGAGACCCAAGAGCAAAUUCAGCCAGUGUUGUGUGAGACUCCACAGAACCAUCAUGACUCCACUGUUAAAAAGAAAAAGAAGAAGAAAAAGCACAAAGAGAAGCUGAAUGAUGAUAACAUCAAGCAUGAGUCUUCUGAAAGAAAAGCUGAGAUGACAGAUAUAGACACAGAGUCGCUGGAUUUGAGUGCCUCAAAGAAAAAAGCCAAGAAGAGGAAAAGAGAAGCACACCAGAGAGAGGCUGAGGAUGCUCAGGGGGACAAUGCUGGAGAGGAGUCACUUAGUCAGACCAACCACGUGGUGCUGGAGAAGACCUGCAAACCCAGCACAGCUGCAGUGGUGGUCUGGGACAGCCAGGUUCAGGACGGAUAUAAGCGCAGUAGAGACACUGCUGAUCCAGAGCAGGCAUCCAAGAAAGAGUCUCGUCCCGCUGCUGCAGCCUGGGACGGCAAGAAGAGCUCUAGUGUAGUCGAGGAACUGCUUAAGAACGCCACCGAUAAAGCGUACGGAACUGAAGUCUUCAGUUGGGAUGGAGAGCGCUCUGCUAUCAGUAGAGAUGCCAUGCAGGAUACAUGCGAUGCCAAACACGACACCGUAAUCGACGAAUGGGAUGAAGAGUUCGACAGUGGCAAGGUAAAGAAGGUGAAGAAGUUUAAGAAAGAAAGGAGAAGUGCUAACGUCUUCCAGAAGAUCCAGGAUCGGCGUAACAUGUGGUCUGUCACACCAGGAGGAAGGAGGAACAGCUGGGGUCAUCGCUACUGACAUGAUGGAUUCGAGAUCCUGUUCACACACACCCUGGCUCGACCGUCUUAUUGGAGAAGAAGCUGCAUGAUCUCUCUGAGAAUGUUCCAGAAUUGCAGGAGGCUCGUGUGGUGGGGGGGGAAGUCAAAAACACAUCGAUGAGACCAAAGCCAUCUGCAAGGGCUGAAGUCCAGUAUGAAUCAAUUGGGCCUAGGUUUGAGCCAAACCAGUGUAUUGUGGUGUCAGGUUCCAACCACCAUAAUAAACUAUUUUAGCCACAUAUAACUUGAGUCCAUGGUGAAAUACUGUACUGUAUCUUGUUGUAUCAGGAAAGCAGGCAAUUAUUCCCCGAAGACUGAUAAAAUGGUGGGUAAUGGUGCUGUUAUUAUUGGCCUACACUACUGCCUAGACUAAUGACGAGAGAAACGACAUCACAAAGAAUGAAUCUGCUUCCCCUCCCUAUUCUUAAAGAUUUGUUUCACUUUAUUACAUAUUAGAUAUAACAUAAUCCCAAUGGCCAGUGAUCUACUACAUAAAAGCUAUGUAAGGCCUGCAGUCUUGCUCAAUUUUAAUUCCGUUAACGAUUUUUUUUUUUUAUUAUAUGAGCCUCAUUGAAUCCUCCCUAAAUCCUCCAUGUUGCCUGCUUAUUGCAUCGAAUAUUGUUGAAGAAAAUGUGGUUCCUAUUAUAUCUAUUAUAAUCUAAUAUCCAAAAAUGACAAGCUUAAUGUUUCACCAUUAGAAUGAAUGGACAAACUGUCUAUCUGUAACCUGUCUAAAGUCCAGGCUGCUUCAAUAUAAAAACAUAUCCAUCCAUCUCAUCGCCGGAGAGGCUGCGACGGCAGAGCUCCAUCCAUUAGAAAAGCGCAGGGAAGGUUCUAGUGUGUAUUUCACAUUAUACAUGCCAAUGCCACUGUUUCUACUCUCUAUGCAAGUCAGACAGGUCUUUAAAAAAAUGUUCUCUCUGUUCCUUUCCUACAGUGCAAACAUCCUCUUCAUCCCUCAUUUUCACUGCUCAUUCGUAAUCCAGAGUGUACCAUUUUCUCUGGAUUUGUAGUAUAAUGCUUUAGAACAAAAAGAUUUAUUUUACUCCAGAGAUCUAGCCACAGACUAAUAGUGAGUAAGAUGUGAAGCUUUCUGGAAUAGAACAUUGUACAGUCCCACUUGUGCUCUGUGUGACUUCCUUAAACAUCCUUGUAGUCAAGAGUUGGACCCCCCCCCCCCCCGAUACUUCCAUUUUAGAAAAAGUUGCCUUGAAUUAAUAAAAAAAAAGAAAACGAAUAGAUGAUCCUAAAAGAGAUCUACUUUAUCAUUUAAAAGUGAGACGCAUAUUUAAAUGCGCAUGUAUUUCACAAACGAAGCCUAAUAUAUGAAAGGGGUUUUUUUUUUUUUUUUUUUUUUGGACUGUAACUGUAGAAUUUUCUCAGCGGACAGACGUGCGAGUGCUGUGCAAAACUCGGCGUCUGGAGGAACAUAAGAACUGUGAACACUGUUGAAUGUGUUAGUGUUAGAAAUGUUACUCGGAACUUUUUCAGUAGAACCGAUGCUGAAGAAUACACUGAUCUUUAAUUCAUGAUCAUUUACGCCACUGGUUCUAUAACUUUAUGAUGCCCUUUCAAGACUUAAGGAAAAAAAAAUGUUGAGACUAUAUGAAUAUAAAUAUACAGGUGCAAUAAAGUUGUGGUUUAUUUUAUUUUUUUCUUUUGUGGAGGGGAAAAAAAAAACCCUAUUUCCUUUGGCCUUGAUUUCCAGGCUACUCCUACAAAUGUAUUUGUGAACAAAUAGCAAAAAAAAAAGUUUUUUCAUCAAAUUGUUCCAGUUAUUUUAACCAAUGUAUUAAGAUUUUAGUUAGUUUUCCAUGUUUGGGCUUAUAUAAGGUAGUUCAAGUAAAUUGACAAUUGAUGGAUUUGUAAUGUAAUGGUCCAAAUCAGGAAAAUGCAUAAAUACAAGUUGUAAUAAACACCAAUGGAAAUCUUAA